GACCUUGUCGCGUCUUUGAAGACGGUCAUUGCACAUACUACCGACCCACAGGUGAAGUCAGCGCUGGAGGCGCAGCUGGCCAAGGCCGAGGGGCCGCCCCCGCGGCCCGCUGCGUCGCCAGCGGACGAGGUCCGUCGCACCGACGCAGCCUGGCGGGACGCGGGGGCGAAACACGAUCUGGCGGUCAAGGCGGUGCAGCGCUUGAGAGGCCAGCUCGACCAGGCGGAGGAGAAGGACCGCCAGGCUGCCAAGGUCCUGGCGCGCGCGACCAUCGCGAAGUCGCAGGCCGCGCAGACCCUCGCCAAGGCGGAGGGGGCCAUCAUCACCGACAGCAGCAUGGGCGACCUCGGCCAGAAGUUCUUCUUCCAGCUGUCCGGGGACACGGACCUGUUCGUGAACAUGGAUCAGCUCGAAUGCGAGAAGAGCGAGAAGGACGCCUUGGCGCAACUGGAGAAGGACCUGGUUAGCACCAAGGAUACGCUGAAAUCUAAGGAGGAGGAGGUCCAAGCUCGGCUGCGCCGCGCGGCCGAGCUGAAGGAGGCCCAGCCAUCAGCGAAGCAGAAGGCAGAACAGGUCGCAGAGGAGGCUGAGAGGGAGCGCCGCGUCGAGUCCGAGGCUGAGAAGCUCUCCAAGGUCAAGUUCGCGGCGACGCAGGCGAACCAGCAGAUGACCAGCGGCAACGGCAAGAAGAGCAACUCCUCCAAGGGCUCGCAGGGCAAAA